AUGGCAUCUAUUGGUAAUUUUUUGGUAAAAUGGUUACUUGUGGUUGCUUUAGUUGCAAGUGUGUUUACAAUAUUUUACUUCACUUCUACUCAAAAUGAGCAGAAUGCUGCUCGAAAAUUUCAAGUGGUAAGGGAUCUGAAAUUUAAAUUGAAUAUGAAGAAAAACGAAUCAACAGUUGAAAAAUUCGUUCCUGAGACACAUCAAGUGAAGAGCAAAUCAACUUCAAUGGCACCACCUCUGCCGGAAGAUGAUGAUGAAUAUUCAGUACAAAUAUUCUAUUAUCCGUGGUAUGGAAAUCCAGAAUUUGAUUAUGGAAAGUAUUAUCAUUGGAAUCAUCGUUUUAUUCCACACUGGGACUCGAGUAUCUCAACGCAGUAUCCAACAGGUUUUCAUGUUCCUCCAAUGGAUAUUGGUUCCAGUUUUUAUCCAUUUUUGGGGCCAUAUAGUAGCCGAAAUCCAGCAGUAAUUGAACAGCAUAUGAAAUGGAUGUCAUCAGCUGGUAUAGACGUUGUUAUUGUUUCAUGGUUUCCUCCAAGACUCGCUGAUGAACAAGGGCAUCCAUGGGAUGAUUUAAUACCCAUCUUGCUUGAUAUUGUAGCAAAGUAUCGCAUGAAAUUAUCUUUCCAUAUGGAGCCUUACAAACAUAGGAAUGGUGAAUCGCUACGUAGUGAUAUCGAAUAUAUUAUUAACAAUUAUGGUAAUCAUUCAGCUCUGUAUAGGAUGAAACGGCCCAAAUCACGAAAAAUGACUAAUGGAAAAAGUAGUCGCCAUGGUGAUCAGCUGCCGUUAUUAUACUUUUAUGAUUCAUAUCUUGUACCUUCUGAUGAAUGGAAAAAAUUAACUGAACCAUCCGGGAAGUUCACUGUACGGGGCAACAAAUACGAUGUUCUUUUUAUUGGUCUCUUAGUUAAGUCAGAAGAUAGGCACUUACUAUUGGCUGCUGGAUUCGAUGGGAUUUAUACAUAUUUCAUAGCUAAAGGCUUUUCUUACGGUUCCACUCCAUCAUCUUGGCCUUCAUUGAGCGCCUUCUGUAGGAAAAAUGAUCUAAUUUUCAUACCUUCGGUGGGUCCUGGUUAUGAUGAUCGUCGAGUACGACCUUGGAAUGCAGCAAAUUACAGGGAUCGAAUGAAUGGCAAAUAUUAUGCAGAUAUGUUUGAAAUGGCGCAUAUUGCAAAGGCAAAUAUCAUAGCGAUAACGUCAUUCAAUGAGUGGCAUGAAGGUACACAAAUCGAACCAGCGAUACCAUUCACUGAUAACAACACAGGUUUUGUGUACAGUAGCUAUGCUCAGGGACCGGAACAGUAUCUUCACCAAACGCUUGAUCUUAUUAAGAAAUAUUUUACUGCAAUGCAUAGAAUUGCACCUGAAAAAAUUGUUGAUAUAGUUUAA